UGGUGGCUUGGUCGGAAGUCGACGUGAGUGAGCCUUGCACCUCUUCACGACAUGGGGCUAACAGCGCGUAGCCUAAUAAUUCGGAUGACUUUUACAUCUACUCCCGUGAGAAGUCGCCCAACACCACUCGGUAUGAGGCGAUCCUCACCUCGAUCUUGGGAGGGCCGGUCGUGUCAUAUGCCUCGGGGCUAGCGGCUUUCCACGCCAUGGUCGUCUUCCUCAACCCGAAGCGCGUUGCCAUCGGCGGGGGCUACCACGGCUGCCACGGCAUCCUGAAGAUCAUGAACAAGCUCAACGGUCUCGAACAACUCGAACUCGAGGACGAAAACGACCUGGCCCAACUGCAAAAGGGAGACAUCAUCCACGUCGAGACGCCCCUGAACCCGACGGGCGAGGCGCGGGACCUGGCCUACUACCGCAAGAAGGCGGACGAACUGGGCUGCUACCUGACAGUCGACGCAACCUUUGCGCCGCCGCCGCUGCAGGAGCCGUUCAAGUACGGUGCCGACAUCGUCAUGCACAGCGGGACCAAGUAUUUCGGCGGCCACAGCGACAUGCUGAGCGGGGUGCUAGCCAUCCACCCCGACCGGGCAGGCGGCAAAGACGGAAAGCCAGGCUGGCUAACAGAGCUGCGAGAGGAGCGGCUUCAUCUCGGCGGCGUCAUGGGCAGCUUCGAGGGCUGGCUUGGUACACGCAGCCUGCGGACGCUGGAGCUGCGGGUGAAGCGGCAGAGCGAGACGACGCGGCACCUGGUCGACUGGCUCGCGUCGCAAAAGAAGGCGGGCGGGAACGUGGUGGCGGAUCUCGUGUACAAGAUCCAGCAUUCGUCGCAGCAGCCCGAGGCCUCGGACCCGGAUUCUUGGCUGUGCAAACAGAUGCCCAACGGCCACGGGCCCGUGUUCUCGCUGUGGCUGCAGUCGGAGGAACAGGCCAAGCGGCUGCCGAGCAAGCUGUUCCUGUUCCACCACGCAACCAGCCUUGGCGGGAUCGAGAGUCUGGUCGAGUGGCGGGCCAUGAGUGACACGACGGUUGACAGGAGGUUGGUGCGGGUCAGUAUUGGUGUUGAGGGCUGGGAAGACCUGAGGGAUGAUUUGCUACAGGGGUUCCAGGCGCUUCACAAGGAGCUGAACAAGUCAGUCUAAGCCGUGGCUGACCAGGGUAACUAUCGGGAACGACGCGUUUCGGAGAAGUGAGCGAUGACUUGCAUUAGGUACUGUGUUAGCGUAGACAGCAUUAGAAUCGACUUGCCUAGACAAUUGAUUCCAUCCGCCGG